UGAACUGUUUACCAGGCUUCACACACACAAUCUAACGGCUGGAGCUCAAAGCCCAGAAGGUGUAAAGGUUAACCCCAAAUGCAACUGUGCACCCUGCAUCCUGACAACCGAGGGAUUAUUUGCAAGGAAUUCUGCUCUUUGCCAUCACAGCUUUCGCACUUUGGGAUUACAGACCAUACGGAUCCUUAAACCGCUACAUCAGUCAGAACAAAACGGAUGUCAGUGUGGUGGUUAGAGAUGGGAGAGGGUCUGGGGCCUCUCUCCCCUGUAGGAUGGUAGCCGACGGCACGGUCGAAGGCCAUGACAAGACCCGCUUGUCAAGCUUGUCAUCAUCAUCAUCCUCAUCCUUGUCUUCCUCCUCCUCCUCAACACUUCGCACCGAAGUGGAGCAGCUUCAGCGUCAAGCCAAUCAACACCGUAGAACGCCCUCCGUCUAUCUGACUCACUUUCCGACGUUCACCUGCAAGGAGGACUGCAGAAUCAUCACAGACACAGCGUCCAAGCUCGAGCGCUGCGGCUUCUACUGGGGUCCCCUGGGAGUGGAGGACGCUCACCGCAUGCUUCGGGACGCCCCGCUGGGCAGCUUCCUCAUCCGUGAUAGCCGUCAGAAAGACGUCUUCUUCACGCUGUCCUACCACGCCAAGACGGGACCGGUCAGCGUGCGCAUCGACUACAAGCGCCAGAAGUUCUCACUAGCGGGCAACCUGCGGUCUUUCCAAACACUCUUUGCCCUCUUGGAGCAUUACAUCAAUUCUCCUAAGAAGAGCUUGAGCGUCCCCUACAGGAAAUGGGAACCGACGCUGCAGGAGCUGUGCAGGAAGCGCAUCUUGGAGCUGUGUGGAGGGGCAAGCCAGGUUCCAGAGCUGCCGCUCACACAUGUCGCCCAAGACUUUCUGUUGGAAUUCCCUUACAAACUGUAACCAGCUUACCAUACAAACUGUUGACAGUAUUAUUUAUAAUUUCAAGAAGGUCGCCCUUACCAAGUAACAGCAAGGGAUUGGUAAAGCCUGUCUGCGACUCAGUGGAGAUUGAGACUGCUGUGAUAUGGUUACAGGGAAAACCCUUUGAGCUGAAAAGCUCCCAAAUGCUCGAAAAGGGAGAACACGUUAGCAGUCGA